AUGAAAAUUUCCAUUGUAUUUUUCUUGCUUACUAUAUGUUCAUUAUUCCAUGAGGGAAUAAAUCUCUCAGAUGGAAAAUUUUCGAAUACAUGUGAUAAAAUAGUACUUGAACAAUAUAAUGUGAAUCCUACAACUUGUUCAUCUAAUUUUAUUAUUAAAUCUUCACAAUCUACUUAUACAAUUGAUGAACCUAUUCAUGUCACAAUUCAGAGUACUCUACCAGAUAAAAAAUUCGUUGGUAUUUAUUUAUUCGCUCAAGAUACAAAAAAUAUUAAUGUUGGAAGUUGGAAAAUAACGGAUUUAUUAAUUGAAAGUGUUUCAUGUGGUGGUUUGAUGCAUAGUUCAAAAAUAGAAAAAACUAGUAUUGAAACAGUUUGGUAUCCUUCAUCAAAUGUUGUUGGUGAUGUUAUGAUCAAAGCAAUAAUUAUUGAGAAUGACAAUACAAUUUAUAUUGAUUGUUAUAAUAUCAUUUUAACUCCACAGAUAAUCAAUUAUUCAUCAUUCACUGAUGAAACAAGUCUUGAACCAAAUACUACAACGACUACUUCUACUACUACACAAAACACUACUACAACAACUACAUUAACAACUACUUCAGCUUCUGGUAAUACAACGCAGACACCUUCACCUGCUGCUAGUGUUUCUAUCAAUGUCACAUGGACAUUUAAUAAUGAAAUCAAUGUUACAAAUGUUGUCAUGAGUGUUUACAAUUUAAAAUCAUCACAAUGGGCUGCUAUAGGUCUUGGAGUAAAAGAAGCUAUGGGUGAAGCUCAUGUAUUUAUGUGUAAACAACUUGCUAAUAAUACAAUUGUUAUAAAUCGAUAUAUAAAUCCAAAUAAGCAUGAACAUCCUGAACAUGCUGGUUCAGAACAAGGUGGUAUAUUGACACCUGUUCAACAACAAUUUAGGGAUGGUGUUGUGAUUUGUCAAUUCACUUUGUCGAAUUUUAAUAUUGAAACAUUUCAACAACUGAAAACUAUUAGUCCACUUUCUCAAACGGCGAGCUAUCAUCCAUUGUUUGCUGUGGGAUUACUGAAUAGUACUAAUGAUCCACAAAAACAUUUUGAUGAUUCACAUACAGCUCUAUCUGAAUUUGUUCAAUUAAAUCAAAAUAAAACUAUUCUUUAUAAGAUAAACAGUACUGAUGAUGGAGGUUCACUUACAUUUGUACGAGUUCAUGGAGUUAUUAUGGUUUUUACAUGGAUAUUAAUUAUUUCAACAGGUGUACUUAUUUCACGUUAUUUUAAAAAUUCUUGGGCAACGAAUUUCAUUUGUGGUAAAGCCGCAUGGUUUGCUGCUCAUCGAUUUCUUAUGAGUAUGGGUGCAAUCCUUACAGUACUUGGAUUUUUAUUCAUUUUGGUCUUUAAUCAAGGUUCAUGGGUAGAAAAAGGUCCAACACGAGCCUUUGCACAUUCUAUAACAGGUGUAAUUGCAAUAAGUUUUGCUUUCUUUCAACCUUUUAUUGCAUUAUUUCGUUGUGAACCUGAUAGUCGAUUUCGAUUUAUAUUUAAUUAUAUUCAUGCAUUUGUUGGUUUUUCAGCAUUUAUUCUUUCAAUUGCAGCACUUUUUCUAGCUACUUAUUUUAGAAUAUUGAAAGAUACAAAAGCUCGACUUUUUAUGAUACUAUGGAUAGGUUGGAUUGGAUUAAUAUUUAUUGCUUUUGAAAUUAUUCAAUCUUAUUUUCGAAAGAAAUCAAAUGAAUCAGGUUAUUCAAAUAUAAAUGUAUCGAAUACAACAAUUGGCGAAAUUGUAGAAAGUCCAAAAUCUUCAACAACAAAUUUAACUCAUUUUGUUCAGCAACAAGAAAAUACAUUAGAAAGAAAAUUAAAACAUGUUCUUCUUGCUAUACAUGUACUUAUUGCUGUUAUAAUUGCAAUUAUGAUGACUAUAUUUAUUUUUUCAACAUGA